UAACGAGAGAGGGGAUGAGCAGAAAGGGAAGUACGAGACAGGUCCCAGAGGAGACCGGUGGAGAGCCAGCAGACAGCGAGACCCAGAGAGACCACCAGGCUGGCCAUCUGCCCCGGCAUCUGCUCAGCUAUGAGCCAAAGCAGGGAUUUGCAGGGGGGAAAAGCCUUUGGACUGCUCAAGGCCCAGCAGGAGGAGGGGCUGGAUGAGAUCAACAAGCAAUUCCUGGAUAAUCCCAAGUACAGCAGUGAUGAGGACCUGCCCUCCAAACUGGAAGCCUUCAAGAAGAAGUACAUGGAGUUUGAUCUGAAUGGAAAUGGAGAUAUCGAUAUUAUGUCCUUGAAGCGGAUGCUGGAGAAACUCGGGGCUCCCAAGACCCACCUAGAGCUAAAGAAACUAAUCAGAGAGGUGUCCAGUGGCUCUGAGGAGACGUUCAGCUACUCUGACUUUCUCAGAAUGAUGCUGGGCAAGGGAUCGGCCAUCUUGAGAAUGAUUCUGAUGUAUGAGGAAAAAAACAAAGAACACCAGAAACCAACUGGUCCCCCAGCCAAGAAAGCUAUUUCUGAGUUGCCCUAACGAGGUGGAUGUACACAUGGGGGGAGGGGGCAUUCAGUGGCAGCAACCUGGGAAAGAGAAGUGGCUGUGAGUCAGAGUCAAACUAAAUAAAUAAUGCUCCCCUA